UCGCCAUCAAUAUCCAUGUCAAUAUCAUCGUCAAUCUCAACCCAACGUUAUCCUCACUUCCUGCGCGCUGUCGGUGAUCGACUUGUUUUCCCCGGCCCUCCAUAUUCAUACAUUUCACUAUCGGUUGCGGAACGACAUUGUUUGCCCCUUCUAUCCAGCAGCUCUUAUCGGUAUCGCAGUUGCAAAUUCCAGUGGCACUUUUCACUUUCAUCAUCGAAACUGAACCAGCCAUGUCAACAUCACCCGGCUCGGCCAAGAAGCGCAAGGCAUCCGACAUGGCCGACACGGAUUCCGACCCUCACCGGCGGCCGGAAAAAAUCCCCGCCUCGCCCAAGCCAAGAUCCAUCAUGGACUUGCCCCCCGAGCUAGUCAACCAGAUCCUCGACCAUCUCAUCCCCAACCUGCCCGAGAUCGACGAGCCGGCUCCAGAAGCCUUCGACAAGCUUGUGCGCGAAGACCCAUGGUACGACUUUACUCGCCGUCGCAGCGCCUUGCGCAACCUCUGUCUUGUCUCGCACUUCUUCGCCGACCUUGCUCGCCCAUAUCUCUACCACACCAUCGCCAUCACCAGCGAAGAGGUUUUGGUCUUGCUCUUUCGCACCAUCACCGAGAAUCCAGACUACUGCGGAUGGACCCGCUCCCUCAGCUGCCACCUCACCCUGACCAACAGCCGGGUGGUUCGCAAGACCAAGCGCUGUCUCAACAAGCUCCUUCCCACCUGGCGGGAAGGCAAAGGGCUGGUAUUCAUCACCGGCUAUCUCGAGAGCCUGCAAAUGCGGCGUGCCAGCACGGAUCCGGACGAAUACUACGAAAUGGCCCAGGGGAUACUCGGCAUGACCAUGACCGCCCUAUACUCACUCGAGACCCUGCUGCUGCAGCUGCCUGCCAUUGACCAUGACCGCGAUUACUUUGAACUGAUCAGCUGUCUCCGAAUCACAAUGUCCUACUUCAACACGGAAGCGGGCGAAAAGUGUCGUCGUAGCUAUCUCUCCAUCCUCCCCGAAGAUGUCAGGAGCAUGAUUCCCGACCGGCUCGAGUCCGCGGCCCUCACCCCCUUCCAGCACCUCACCACUCUGCUCCUCCAAGGCGACCCGUCCGUCGAGGACCCUACCACGCUCGACGACGACGAUACCGAUGACGGCGAUCCUCCUGAAGUCUUUGGUGUUCAGACCCGCCACUACCACCCGCUUUUCGAGCUUCUCCCCGCUCUCACCACCCUCGAAGUAUCCACUGACGACGGCCUCUUUACCUUUCUAGACGGCGAGGAGGGCUUGACCGAUGUCUUCGCCCGACCCACCACCUCCUUCCACCUGAGCCCCACAAGGCAUAUCUACCUCCACUCUUCGGUCGCCGACCCGCGCAACAUCGGCAGGAUCCUCCGACAUGCGCCCGACCUCGAGACGCUCUACAUGAACCCCCGAAGGGUCGACAGCUUCCACAGGAUCCCACCGCAGGACGCAACCCAAGCAGACGAGGACUGCCUAGACCAAGCGCUCUCCAAAUACGGCAAGAAGCUCAAACACUUGGACCUCAACUGGUUCGACUGCCAGGGUUCCGAGGCCAGCAUCGGCGUGGGCGGACGGCUGUCCACCCUUCCCCAGCUGAAAGAGGUGGAAAAGUUGUGCAUCCAGCUCGUCAUGCUGUACGGGGACCUGCCAGCCGGCGAGCACAUGAUGCACCAAGGACGGCCCGUGGCGGAUCUGUUGCCGCCCAACCUGGUCGAGCUGACGCUGGAGGACUGGUGGUGGGACAGCCUCGAUGAUUUCGAUACCUUUUACCGCUGGUCGGACAAGCAAAAGAAGGAACAUUAUCGGGAAAAGGAAGGGUACAGGGAGACGGUGCUGGAGAUGAUGAAGGGCCUGGCUUUGGUGGCGGGGAGGAACGCAAAACCACCAGGUCAUGGUGAGAGCAAGAUGCAUAAGUUGAAGCGGUUCCGGUUCUUUAUUAGGACGUUGCCUACGUGGAUAUUACCAGGUGAUGAUGAAAAGGGCCCGGAUGCGGAUGUGCAAGAGCUGUUUGAAGGCGUGAGGGAGGUGUUUGAGAAGGCGGGGGUGGAGUUUGUCGUUGAGGUUGACCAGCCCUUGGAAAUGGAAGAGGAGAUGCAGUAGGGUAUGUAGGUGUAGUAGUUUGCACAAGCUCACGUGGAAGUUGUAUACUACCCAUCUCUUUGCCCCGUGGCGAUAGAUAGGUAACUUUGCUAUACCCACGGCUUGCUUCCUUCACUGCUCUUUCAACUUGAGCGCUUCAGACCAUAUCCCGCCUUCAAAUUUCCUAAACUAUCAUUGAUAGCCAAGUCAAGUAAUACCAUACUGGCAGUACAGCAGCAUCUUAGCAGCAGCUCAAAAAAAAAG